AUGAACAUGCCACUGAACUCAGACGGUACCGUAUGCUUCAACGCAACUCUGUUCGCUCUUGUUCGGACGAACCUCAAGAUUUACACCGAGGGUAACAUCGACGAAGCGAACGAGCAACUGCGGUCAGCAAUCAAACGGAUUUGGAAGCGUACACCCGUGAAAAUGCUUGACGAAGUGGUACCACCAGCAGGAAAAGAGGACGAUGUGACCGUGGGCAAGUUCUACGCGACGUUCCUUAUCCAAGACUACUUUCGUCGCUUUAAGAAGCGUAAGGAGCUGGAGGCUAAAGGCAUUAUGCCCACUCAUACACCGCAAGCUAUGGCGCUUCAGGUAAGAUCACGUUUC